AUGUCGGCUCUGCUGUCUCUCCUCCUCCUCCUCCUCCCGCUCCUGCACACGGCCGCUCUCCGCUUAUCGCGCCCGCUGCACCUUGGCGGCGGCCGCCUGCGCAAGGCGCCGCGCGCGCCGCGCGUCCGCUUCGCCGCCGCGGCCAGCGCUUCUGCGGGCGGCGACGAGGAGGGGCUGGCGGACCUCGGCUCGCUCGCGCCGGUGGGUGAGCUGCUCAAGCCGCUCGACCCGCAGCUGGUAUCGGUGGUCGAGCAGGACCCGUCGGUCUUCACGCUGCCCGCCACGCAGGCCGGCGGCGGCGACCGCUUCGUCGAGCUCUUCCGCUCGUGCGCGCCGUACAUCAAGAUGCACCAGGGCCGGACGAUCGUGCUGCACAUCUCCUCGCUGGUGCUGGAGCACUCGUCGCUCUUCGAGGAGACGAUGGUGGACCUCUCCAUCCUCUCGCUCCUCGGCGUGCGCGUCGUCCUCGUCGUCGGGAUGCACGGCCAGGUCGACGACGCCGUCCGUGCCGCGGGCGCCGAGCCGCAGAUCGUGGGCGGGCGUCGCGUCUCGGACGCAAACACGCUGCGCGCGGUGCAGCAGGUGUCGGGCGAGGUGCGCGCGCGCGUCGAGGCCGCCCUCGCGCGCGGCCGCCACGCGCCUCCGGGCGGGAGCGAGCGAGGCGCGAGCAGCGCGCCGCGCCUCGGCGCUGGAGUGGACGUGGUGACGUCGAACGCCCUCUACUCGGCCCAGCCGGUGGGCGUGCUGAGCGGGGUGGACUUCAAGAGCACGGGCGAGGUGCGGCGCGUCGACGCCGACAAGAUCCACGCCUACCUCGACGGUGGCGCCGUCGUGCUGCUCACCUCGCUCGGCUACUCUGCGUCGGGAGAGGUCUACAACGUUCCGGCGGUCGAGGUCGCGGCGCGCGCCGCCGGCGCGCUCAAGGCGUCGAAGCUCAUCUACCUCACCGGCGCGCGGCUGGUGAUGCACAGCCAGCUCGGCGGCGCGGGCGCGUCGGCCGUCCCCGUCGACCAGCGCCCGCUCGUCCAGUCGAUGCGGCUCGCCGAGGCGAGGGAGCUGGUGCGCCACUGGGACGCGCGCUCGGAGGUCGCCGCGGCCCGCUUGCCCGAGGCGGCCGACCCCGCCGCCCGCUCGCGGUACGAGUCGGCAGAGUUUGUGGUCGGCGGCCUGUGCAAGCGGUGCGUCGAGGCGCUCUCGUCGGGCGUCAACCGCGCGCACCUGGUGCCCCCCGCCCCGGGCGCGCUGCUGCAGGAGCUGUACACGCUCGACGGCGCGGGGACGCUCAUCGCGUACGACGUCUACGACGGCGGGCCGCCGCCGCCGCCUUCCCCGACCCCCUCCUCCUCUCCGCCCCGCCUCCCAACCCGACCACCGCCCAACCCCACCACCACCGCCCGCCCGCACCGCCGCCCGCACGCUGCAGGCAUCCGCAUCGCCACCGCGGCCGACGUGCCGGGCAUCGCCGAGCUGACGGCGCCGCUCGAGGAGCAGGGCGUGCUCAUCCCGCGGCCGCUGCACGAGCUCACGAGGGACGUGCACCAGGCGCCAGGCCGCCCGCGCUUCCCGCCCCAGGGGACUACCCAGACAGGCUUCUACUACGUCCUCACGCGCGACGCCAACAUCCUCGCCUGCUGCCUCGUCGUCUCGCCGCGCUACCGCAAGGAGGGCCGCGGCGACUCGAUGCUCUCCUUCCUCGAGCGGACCGCCAUCUCGGCGGGCGUCUCGCGCCUCUUUGCGCUCUCGACGCGAACCAUGCAGUGGUUCACCGAGCGCGGGUUCGUCGAGGUGCCCGUCUCGGAGCUGCCGGAGCGGCGGCAGCGCACCAUCAACCUCGCGCGCGGCUCCAAGGUCUUCAUGAAGGGGCUCAACUCGCCGCGCGAGCUCGACGCAGAGGAGCUCUUCUGGGCGGCCGACGCGCCACAGAGCAGGCAGGCGCGCGGCGGGUAGGCUUCGGCUUACCGCAGCGCACGUGCGGGCCCGCCCAAACCGCAGCGCCAGGAGCGAUCGCUCUCCCCGCGCGCGAAAUACACGUAUAGAGGACUCGCCGGAGCGAGAGAGUCGUUUGAAGCCUCAGUUGUGUACAUUUCAAGCAUACUGUUC